AUGAAUCAUGCAGCUUUGACAUUAUGGAAUUGGUAUUCAAUCUCUCCUGAUGAAGAACCAACCAGCAAUCUUUCUACGCUAAUUACUUUUACAAAUACUAUGGAACAAUCUUGGUUUUACCUUGUUACAAUUGUUAUUGAAUGUUUUGGCGGGAAAGCUCUCACUGCAAUUAUUUCUGCAGCAAUUCAAUCUGCUCAUGAUAAAAACAAUAAACAACUGAUUGAAUCUUUAAAAAUUAUUAGUUCAACCAUUGAUGAAAUUACCAAAGUUCUUCUUCAGAUUUAUGAAAAACGUGUGGAUGGAUGUGAUGAAAAUGGAAAUCCUAUUAUCGCCAGUAUGGUGGUGGAACCAAUUACAAACAAUAUUAGCAAUUAUAAGUAUUCUCAUGAGUCAUCUAAUGAAAACCUCAGUAACAACUAUAAUAAUACAAGCAAAAAAAGGCAGAGUAUACAACAGCAGCAGCAUCAACAACCUUAUAUUUACAAGAUUCAUCAAAAAAUUCCUGGAAAUCAUCAAAUAUUCCUUGAGGAUUUGACAAAAGCUGCAAUCAUACAUGAUUAUAUUACAUCAUGUAUUGAAUGUGAUGAUAACAUGGAAAUAAAUGGUAAAUUAGACACACGUAAUAAAAGUUCAAAGGUGAAGCUAGAUUCUAAUAAUAAAGAUGUUACCAAUGGUGCUGUCACUAGUGGUUCGAUUAUAAAUGGCACUAUUUAUAACGUUAGAGACACUGAUGGAAUUGAUUUAAUGCCUUUUUUGAAACAGAUGAGAGAAGAAACUAAAUCUAAAGAGAUUAAAAAUUUAAAGGAUCAUCUGAUUUCAAACAAAAAAAAAUCACUAGAACUUUUCUUUUAA